GAAGAGCGACGGGAGAUGAUCACACCCGCCCUGAGAGACGCUCUGAGCAAACAAGUCCAUGCUGCGAGGCCGAGGCGGCUGCUACAAACACACCUUUUAUGGCAUCCAGUCCCACCGUUGCAUGGAGACCACACCCAGCUUGGCCUGCGCCAACAAGUGCGUCUUCUGCUGGAGACAUCACACCAACCCAGUGGGCACCGAGUGGCGUUGGAAGAUGGACCCCGCUGAGAAGAUCCUGCAGGAUGCACUGGAGAAGCAUCAAAACAUGAUCCGACAGUUUCGAGGCGUGCCCGGCGUGAAGUCGGAUCGUUACGAGGAGGGUCUGAUUGUGCAGCACUGCGCUCUGUCCCUGGUGGGAGAGCCAAUCAUGUACCCCGAGAUCAAUCGUUUUGUGGGUCUCCUCCACUCCCAACGCAUUUCCAGCUUCCUGGUCACCAACGCUCAGUUCCCCGAGGAAAUCAGGAGCCUGGAGCCCGUCACGCAACUGUAUGUGAGCGUAGAUGCAAGCACCAAGGAGAGCCUAAAGAAGAUCGACAGGCCACUCUUUAAGGACUUCUGGACACGAUUCCUGGACAGCCUCAAGGCCUUGGCAGAGAAGAAGCAGAGGACUGUCUACCGCCUGACGCUGGUGAAGGCAUGGAACGUUGAGGAGAUGACUGCCUACUCUGAGCUCAUUGCUUUAGGCCAGCCUGACUUUGUUGAGGUCAAGGGUGUGACAUACUGCGGUGAGAGUUCAGCCAGCAGUCUGACUAUGGCCAACGUCCCGUGGCACCAGGAAGUGGUUGCCUUUGUGCAGCAGCUGGUCGACAUGCUGCCAGACUACGAAAUCGCCUGCGAACAUGAACACUCUAACUGCCUGCUCAUUGCGCACAACAAGUUCAAGGUGGAUGGUGAUUGGCAUACAUGGAUCGACUAUGAGCGAUUCCAAGACCUAGCUCGAGCCCACCAGGAGAGCGGGGGCCUCAGCGUCUUCUCUUCGUUGGACUACAUGGCGCCGACCCCUAAAUGGGCACUUUUCGGAGCUUUCGAGCAGGGUUUUGACCCGGCAGAUACCCGCUUCCAGAGACGCAACAAAGGCAAAGACAUCUCCGGUUGCUGA